AUCAUAGUAGUGUUUUGUUAUUUUUAUGGCAAUUUACUUUGUGAUAAUGAUCGUAAGAAAUCAGUUCUGUUCCAUUUUCAUGGCGUUAAACAGCAUGUAACAGAAGAGUGCCAAGAAUGUUUACAAAGACCAAACAAGAUACUUGUGUGGAAUGCAUGACCGAUAACAGAUGCAAGAUUUGAGGCUGCAACAUUACGGCCAUACUUAACUGCUGUUAGGCAUACCUUGACUGCUGCUAUGUGUUUGGAUAACUUUUCAUCCCAGGUUGUGGAAAGGCAUAACAAACCAGAAGUGGAAGUCAGGACUAGUAAAGAGCUGCUUCUGACUCCUGUUGUCAUCAGUCGAAAUGAAAAGGAGAAAGUUCUCAUAGAGACGUCAAUCAACUCUGUAAGGAUCAGCAUAGCUGUUAAGCAAGCUGAUGAAAUUGAACGCAUCCUGUGUCACAAAUUCAUGCGCUUCAUGAUGAUGCGUGCUGAGAAUUUCAUUGUUCUGAGAAGGAAACCUGUUGAGGGCUAUGAUAUCAGUUUCCUAAUUACUAACUUUCAUACUGAGCAAAUGUAUAAACAUAAAUUAGUUGACUUUGUAAUUCAUUUUAUGGAGGAAAUUGACAAAGAAAUUAGUGAAAUGAAACUUGCUGCAAAUGCACGUGCAAGAAUUUGCUCAGAAGAAUUUCUGAAAAGGUUCUAGUCAUCGUGGAAAUUGUAUGAAUGACUGAAGAACAUCUUGCAUCUGUACACCCAUUCAACAACCUGAGUGAAUCCUGAAUGGAGCAUGAUUCAAGCAGAAUUUCAAAAAUGCAACCAGAAGAUGUGUCUGUUUGAAUAUCAGUGUUAACUACAAGAAGGCCAGCACAGCAGUGGGCCAUAAUAUUUUAUUUUUGUGUAUUAUUAUUCUUGUUAUAAUUCCAAACAAGUAAAAUUUAGGUAAUCUCAAAUCUCCAGUUCCAAAGUCAUUAAAACAUGGAAGACCCAAGGUUAGUGUCCUCCCCCUCCCCUCCUCCUGCUCUCCUCCUCCUGCUCUCCUCCUCCUCCUCCUCCUCUCCCCUCCUAUUUCUCCUCCUCUUCCUCCUCCACCUCCUCCUCUUCCUCCUCCUCAAGGUGUAAUCCAUUUUAACACUGGUGAAAUUUUGGGUCUGACUUUGAAACUUAUUUUUUUUUAUAGAUCUGUGAAGAUGAAAUUAGCAAGAGCUGUUUGGAAGGGUUUGCAAGAAUCUUGCGUUUGUUAUGAGCCCAGGGACAAAGAGUCCGUUUUUUCCUUCACAGACGUAGGUGCAUCAGGUGGACAAACGCAAGCACGCGAUGUCUUACUGGCUUUCGUGCACAGUUACUUCUAAGUUGCGUAUGUAGACGCAUCUUUAAUCUCCUCUGCCUUUCCCCGGUCACAAAGUUCAGGCUCUCGGAAUUCUGCUUUAAUGUUCGGUAGAGUAAAAGUACUCGGAGGAGGCUGGCUCUGCCUCGUGGGGUAUUAUAUCUGUUAAUGCGCUGAGAAAUACAUUUUGUGUUUUAGUACUUUCGUGUGGCGUUGUGUGUUUAAUUUUAUAGAUUUUUACGUGCACUUACAUACUAAGAUAAACGGUCUGAAUAAGAGGGCUGUCAACUUAAUUAUCAUCGCCAUUAUGAUAAAAAUUAAAUUUAGAAACGGCUUUGACUCUUACACAGACGUUUUGUGUUUUUAAAUGAAACCACAUCUCGUGAGAUUUGAGGUUUUCACAGUGUUGAUGGUGGUCUGGGUUUUUGCGCAGUGUAGACUCUUGGGCGGACUCCAAAACCCAGAAUAAUAUCGUCAGGCGACAUUUUCAGUGUCUCCGAGUUGAAACACCGAAGUGUUCCAUAAACCGCCGCAAUGCGUUAAUGUCGUUACUGUAAGGCGAGACACGUGAGGCCGUCUGCAGAAUGUAAUCCUUGGACGCCGAUGCCAUUGAUUUUUUAAUAUGUUUAUGUGUGUAAAUAAACUCUAUCAGUGUUUUUUCA